UGUUUACUAAGGUGGUGGCGGGCAACUCGGGGUUUGAACUGUAACUGUAGUGAGCAUUGAGGUAGAUGGUAUGUUGCUGCUUCGCUGCUGCCGAUCGUCGGGGUUUUUACUGCAACUACGGGCGGUCGAUCGAGGGCCCCCCUCAGCGGGGAGAUGUUUCCGGAGUGUCAGCAACGAGGCCGGAGGCCGGUACCGCUGCUAUGGCCUGAGUCACCGGCAGCUGCUGCGGCUUCAGGGCCGGGAUACUGGCGCCUUCCUUCAGGGUCUGAUCACCAACGAUGUCGAGGAUGUGAUGAGCGGGCGUCAGGAGGCAACUUACUGUCAUCUGCUUAAUUUGCAGGGGAGAACAUUAUUCGAUGUGAUUCUGUACAGGUUACACAAAAGCAAAAACGAAGAGCCAGCUAUUCUCCUGGAAUGUGAUGCCACAUUACUUGAUGCUGUUCAGAAGCAUUUAAAAGUUUACAAAAUUCGAAGGAAAAUGAAGAUAUCCCCUUGUCCGGAGCUUUCCCUAUGGUCAGUGCUCUCAUUUGCACCGUCAACCAAAGCUGGCAGCGCUUUAGAAGUAAAUGCAAAGAAAGUGGUGGUGUGCACCAUUGAUCCUAGAACUGAUGCCAUGGGAUGGCGAUUAGUUUUGAACAAAAUGGACAACCCUUUGGCUAUUGUCCCAGGCAGUCAUCUAGGAGAUAUCCAGGACUACCAUAGAUAUCGGUAUCAAGUAGGAAUUGCUGAAGGGGUGAAGGACCUUCCAUCUGGAGAAGCAAUACCUCUGGAAUCCAAUCUAGUUUACAUGAAUGGGAUCAGUUUCACGAAAGGCUGUUAUAUUGGACAAGAGUUGACAGCUCGUACUCACUACACAGGUGUGAUUAGGAAAAGAUUGAUGCCAAUACAACUGGACAACCCCUUACAGCCUGGCAGUCUUCCUGAAAAGGCCCAGAUUGUGACUGAAUCUGGAAAAUCGGCUGGAAGGCUCAGGAGUUACACUGGUGAUGUUGGCUUAGCCUUGGUUCGACUGGCCUUUGCGAAUGAACCACUUCACCUGCGUACAAAAGGCGAUGCUCAGGUCCUAUUGAAGGCAUCAGUUCCAGAUUGGUGGCCAAGUGAUGAAAAUAAAUGAAAGAAAAUAUUUUUAGUAUUGAAAACCACAUUUCGUGGGAAAAUAUUUUCCUAAAUAAACAAUUGGAUUUGUGAAAACUCAAAAAAGCUUUCAUUAACCCACUAUUACAGUUUCAUCUUCUGACUUCUUUAGGAAGACUUUUCAUCCAAAUCACCUGGCAAUUUGCUGGGAUGAAUGUCUAAAAGAAACAUGACUUAGUUGUCUGUAGGUAUCUAAUUUGAUCCCUCCUAUGUACUGGUUUUAAUCUUAAGGAAACCAUUUGACCAAUCAGAAUUUGAGCAAUUUAAGUGUUAACCCAUGGAAAGAUAUUAAGAUGUGAAGAAUGGAAUAACUGCACAUAAUAUUACAUAGAUAGUUAAUAUUGCUAGUUUUCACUUGUUGUUUCUGUAAUAUCAUUAUUUUUGUUCCAUUAUUUGUUCUCUGACCACUUAACUUGAAGAUCAAGGGCUUGAUUUUAAGCCCCAUUUGGGAACAGAGGCAGGUGGUUGCUAAAGUUAGCAGCGCUGGCUCUCUAAUUCCAUCCUGCUUUGUAGGGGAAGGGAAUGGUACGGCUAUAUUAACUAAUAGCCACUAAGUCCCAGUCACUGUUCUUCAACUGGCAUGUCCAGUCAGCCUAUCAGUUCCCAGUGGUAGUAGGAACCAGUUGAGCUGUGUGGAGUCCCCCUUCUGUAUGCAGACCAGGAGUCUGUCCUCCGAGUACACUUAAUGUCCUCUUCCUGUUCGCAGCAGUAGUCACAGGUUGUCCUGUAGAAGAGUUUUGCUUUUCAAAGUAGUAGCCUGGCUGCAAGGUUGGCUUUCUUAAUUAAAACUGUUAAGAGAGUACACCUCCAUCUUGAUGUUCCACCUCCGCCACCAGCACCACCACCUCCACCACCACAACCCUCACCCCCCCCCCAACCAUUCACUUCCCUGUAUCGACACUUGUCAAUCUGGAAUGCCUCUAAUCCUCUGGCCUUGACCCAGUCCACAGGGGACCAGGAGUAGACCAUUUAACCUCUUGUGCCUGCUCUGCCAUUUUAAAUUAUGGCUGACUAUCUACCUCAAUGCCUUUUCCUGCGCUUUCUCCAAAUACCUUUAACAUCCAGAAAUUUAUUCAUCUCUUUUUUAUGAACAGAUUUAAUUGACUACCCCAUAACACACUGGGGCAUAAAAUUCCAAAGAUUCAUUACCUCUUGAGUGAAGACAUUGCUGUCAUUUUUGGCUUAAAUGUACCUGUGCUAAUUCUGUGACUUGGUCUCCUGGUUUGUAACCCCAACCCAAGCCAUAAGAAAACAUUUCUCUUGGAUACACGCUGACUCAUUCAUCAAGAACAAUCUCCUCCUAUUGUAAACUGGAGAAUAGAAGCAAGUCAAGUUUCUGCAAUCUCCCCACACAGACAGACCCUCUUUAGGAAUUAGUCUGCCAGACCUUUAACGCGUAUACUUUUUGGUGAGUAUAUGCUUCCUUGUGUAAAGGAACCAAAACUUCAAACAACACUCAGCUCUGGUUCAACCUGCAUUCUAUGCAAUUGCAGCAAGAAUCUUUACUCCUCUAUUCUAAUUCUGUGCCAUUGAAGGCCAACAUACAAUUUCCUUUCUGAAUUGCUUGCUGCACUAGUAUAUCAGCUUUGGGUAAUUUGAACAAUUUUUUGUUUGUAUAAAUUUGUUUAUAAUUUGACUGUCAUUAAUCUGUCUGACUGGGAUGAAUUGGGAACCAAAAGAAUUACAAAUGCUAUCAUGUUGGUCUUGUGAGAUUGUCUGACCACGUUGAUGAAAUAGAAUGAAGGAACAGAAAUUGCCUUCCUAACUCUGCUGUACCUGGAAUUUCUUAGUGAUAGUAACCAGAUGCCAAAAAUACAAAUUGAUUUGAGCAUAAGAUAUUUUGAAAAUUUAAUGUACAAUGUUGCUGACUGAGGCAUGCACUAAUGGUGUGACUGGACACAUUUUCCCUAUCUGCUUAUGGAAAGCAACAGAUUCCAGACCUGAUUAGUUUCCUGAGUUGCAAUACCAGUUUUUUUCCCUUGUUUCCUCUCUGUUCCUCUGCCACACCCAACGUGGCUGGAAAACAUUGAUAGUAGCAAUCAUAUGCUACAAUGCCAGGCUGGUAGCAUUACUGUUUUGCCCUUAAAAAGGCUAGCUGGCGGAGAAACAGCUGAGUUCUGUCCAGUCAUGUGAAAAGGCCAUUGACCUGAAAUGUUAAAUCUGUUUCUCUCUGUUGCUGUCAGACCUGCUGAAUAUUUUUGGCAUUUUCAGUUUUUUUUUGUUACCUCCUCCAACCUGGUGACUUAUUCACAGAGGUAAUGUUGGUCAAUUUGAUACUUGGAUGUCAUUUAUGUGCCCUUCACCUUUCAGAUAUCUCAGAAACAUUUGUUCCAUGAAUGUGAGAGUAUUGUACAUUUGAUUCUGGAAUAUCACAUAGUAGCCGUCAGAAUAAUGAUGGCCCAGACUUGACCUUGUGUGAAGCAGAUGAUUAUAUAAACCAUCGCCACCACCGUCCCCCCCCCAUUCCUGUGUCUUUCCUUAUGUAACAUGCAAGUGAAUAUUUGAUACAUCUAUGCAGUGCAUAUUGAUGAUCCAUAAAUAUAUGGGCUGAAUGGACUUCGCUAUGCUGCACUGUGUUUGCUUUGAUCCCAUAUUUUUAAAGUUAACUUCAGAUGAGGGCAAGACAUACAAGUUACCACCACAGCCACCUUCAAGGCAAUUGGCCUUUUGUAGAAUACAACCAGACUAUUUCAGUUUUAACAUCUGUGAAUGUUAAAAAUAGGCAUUAUCAAUUUCCCAGAUCUAACAUUUACUCUACGGGUAUUGACUGAAGUAUAAUAUUAGAACUGAUAAAAUGUUGCACAUUUCAUUGUCAAGGAAAAUCUGAAUUAAAUGUUUCAUAAAAACA